GUGACGCGCGAGCACGCGAGCACGACUGCGCGAGGAGGAGCCGCCGGCCGCCGCGGUCCGCCAGCCCUGCGCCCCUGCCCUCCACUCCCGCACGCGGCACGCGCACAGGCGCACCGCUUCUCGCCUCGCGCCCUUGCCUGCUCCCGCAGUCCGCGCGCGGCCAGCCGCCCUCGCGCGUCCGCUCGCUCGAGUGCUCGACCCCCGACAGCGGACGGCCGGCACUCGACUCGAACUCGAGCACUCGGGCCUCGGCAGUCUGCCAGGCGCCAGCGGGCAGCGGCCACGGCCCACGACCAGUCCGGGCGUGAGGGCGUCCCGCGUCCGACUCCGGCUGAAUUUCAGAUCAUGAAUACAACCAAGAAAGCUGAUUCAGUGGAACGAGAUGCUAAGGUUUUGAAACAAGCUUCACAGUUCAAAAGGUGGGGGCGAAAACAUCCAUUUGUUCGGUAUGGGUUACCACUCAUUUCCUUGACAGUGUUUGGUGCAGUUGGACUUGCUCAUCUUAUACAGGGCAGCAAAGAAGUGACAAAGGAAAAGGAGGAUAUAGAAUGGGAGGUUGUAGAAACAACAAAAGCUCUAAGCCGAACAGGGCCAGUGGAAGGAGCCUAUAAGCCUAAGAAGCUCUCUCUAGAUGAUGAACUGAAGGCUUUGCAGCAAAAGGUUGACAUAAACAGUUACGACUACAAGCCCAUCCCAAGACCCAGUGAGAAAUAAGUGAAGCUGAACAUCAUUUACCAGUGCGUUGAGUGGAUGUUUGUUUCUUGAUACUUUCGCCGUCUCAUCUUGCUACAAGUUUUGUAUGAAUGUAUGGAGCUGAUUCAAGUUUGGAAUUAGAAAAGAGGAAUGCUCCAUCAUAAUCAUUAUAACUUUAUGCUCCGUGAGACAUGAGCUGUAGAGAAUUGGCACCAGGAACCUUGAACUGUAGGAAUCAGUGUUUGUAGCAACAGCAAUUACGCCUUCAUGGCAUGCCUGUAUUGUUACUCAGAUGCUUGGAUACUAACGCGAAUUAAUAAAUUGUUAACAGAUUCUAGUGGACAA